AUGUCAGGUGCCAAUAAUACAUCUGCGAAUGACCUAUCCGCUACUGAGUCUAAUUCUAAUUCAGUAGCAAGUGCACCAUCUAUCAAGACUGAACAUGGUGACUCCAAAAACUCUCUCAACCUAGAUGCGGCUGAACCACCUAUUGACUUACCCCAGAAACCUCUUUCUGCAUAUAGCACCGUCGCAAUCCUGUGUUUAAUGAUCGCAUUUGGCGGUUUCAUCUUCGGUUGGGACACCGGUACCAUCUCUGGUUUUGUUAACCUGUCUGACUUUAUCAGAAGGUUUGGUCAAAAAAACGACGAGGGAACUUACUACUUGUCGAAAGUAAGAAUGGGUUUGAUUGUCUCAAUUUUCAACAUUGGCUGCGCAAUAGGUGGGAUUGUCCUGUCGAAAGUCGGUGAUAUAUAUGGCCGUCGUAUUGGAUUGAUUACAGUCACUGCCAUCUACGUCGUAGGCAUCCUGAUCCAGAUAACCUCGAUAGACAAGUGGUACCAGUACUUUAUUGGAAGAAUUAUUUCUGGCCUAGGAGUGGGAGGCAUUGCUGUCCUUUCCCCAAUGUUGAUAUCUGAAGUCGCUCCCAAACAUAUCAGAGGAACCCUUGUCCAGCUGUACCAGCUGAUGGGUACAAUGGGUAUUUUUCUAGGCUACUGUACCAAUUACGGUACCAAGAACUAUCAUAAUGCCACUCAAUGGAGAGUCGGCCUUGGUCUUUGCUUUGCCUGGGCCACAUUCAUGGUUAGUGGGAUGAUGUUCGUCCCAGAAUCACCACGUUACCUGAUCGAGGUUGGUAAAGAUGAGGAAGCCAAACGUUCGCUGUCGAAAUCCAACAAAGUUUCAGUCGACGACCCUGCCUUGUUAGUCGAAUAUGAUACCAUAAAGGCAGGCAUCGAGCUUGAAAAGUUGGCAGGUAACGCGUCAUGGUCUGAGCUACUCUCCACUAAAACGAAAGUCUUCCAGCGUGUGCUCAUGGGAGUGAUGAUUCAAUCGCUGCAGCAAUUGACGGGUGACAACUACUUCUUUUAUUACGGUACGACCAUUUUCAAGUCCGUCGGCUUAAAGGACUCCUUUCAGACAUCGAUCAUUAUCGGUGUGGUCAAUUUUUUCUCUUCAUUUAUAGCAGUAUACACUAUUGAGAGGUUUGGACGCCGUACGUGCCUGUUGUGGGGUGCCGCUUCUAUGUUAUGCUGCUUUACUGUGUUUGCCUCCGUUGGUGUAACGAAGCUGUGGCCUCAAGGAAGCAGCCACCAGGAUAUUACUUCUCAAGGCGCCGGUAACUGUAUGAUUGUAUUCACCAUGUUCUUCAUUUUUUCGUUCGCCACCACCUGGGCAGGCGGCUGUUAUGUUAUAGUGUCAGAAACGUUCCCUCUUAGAGUCAAAUCAAGAGGAAUGGCAAUUGCAACAGCUGCAAACUGGAUGUGGGGAUUUUUGAUUAGUUUUUUCACCCCAUUUAUCACCGGUGCAAUCAACUUUUAUUACGGUUAUGUCUUCUUAGGCUGUCUAGUCUUUUCCUACUUUUACGUCUUUUUCUUUGUCCCAGAAACAAAAGGCCUGACGCUGGAGGAGGUGAAUACUAUGUGGCUGGAGGGUGUCCCAGCAUGGAAGUCCGCUUCAUGGGUACCACCGGAGAGAAGAACAGCAGAUUAUGAUGCCGACGCAAUAGACCACGACGAUAGGCCAAUCUACAAGAGGUUCUUCUAA